AUGGAGGGGGAGUGCCCCCCUGGUGCCCUCAAGAGUCGCCGCGCUGCCGAAAAUGACCUGGAGCAGCAGGUCCUUGCCUUUAAUCAGUUGGCUUCAGUUGGACAUGCUGGACAGCACGGAAUGAAGGGGGAGAAGGGAGAUCAGGGUUCAGACUGCAGCGAAUCUGGAUCUGGUACAUGCAAAGAGGGACGCAUUGGACAGAAGGGGGAGAAAGGCGAGUCUGUGCUGCCCGCUAACUGGGGAGAAGCUGUCGGACACAAGGGAGAUAAAGGACAGAAGGGAGACAUUGGUCUCCAGGGACUAUCUGGAACCCCAGGAAAGGAUGGUCGGGCUGGAUCCAUCUGUGUGGUGGGACCCAAGGGACAGAAGGGUACCUCUGGAAAAUUGGGGCCUGAAGGACUAGCAGGAGAUCCGGGAAAACCCGGACUUCCAGGAUUGCCAGGAAUUGGAAAACCAGGCCUGCCAGGCCUGCCAGGCACUCCUGGAGGACCUCCUGGAUCGAAGGGAGACAAGGGGCAUUCUGGGACACCAGGGAAAGAUGGAGAACCAGGAGAUCCUGGUCCUAGGGGUCCUGGUGGUGGUAAAGGAGAUAAGGGUGACCCAUGUGAGGUGUGUCCCGUCCUGUCUGCAGACCUGGGCAACACUGUGGCCCUCCACGGGAAGACGGGGCCCAAAGGAGAGCCUGGGGUCCCUGCGAUAGGAGACCAUGGCCUCCCGGGUCUUCAAGGAGCAGAUGGGAAGGCAGGAGAGAAGGGAGAGGUGGGGUCGGAUGGUGUCAAAGGGGAAAAGGGUGAUGCAUGUGCUGUGUGCCCCACCCUGAGUGAAAUACCUGCUGCCAACCUUGUUGCCAUGGAACAAAUCCUGAAACACAAAGGAGAGAGAGGAAAACCUGGACUGGGACAGAAGGGAGAACAGGGGGAACCUGGAGUCAGUGGCCUGGCAGGGCUGAGAGGAGAGAAGGGUAACACUGGUGGCAAAGGAGCUGACGGUAAAACGGGCAAAGCUGGACCCAGAGGACCUAGUGGCAAGGAUGGACUGAAGGGGAUAAAGGGAGAUCCAGGGAUUCCUGGUCUAGGAACUCCAGGCCCUAAAGGAGAGAAGGGUGCGACCUGUGGGGUGUGCCAGUCUUCUCCCUCUGAGGUGGGCAGUGGGACGUCCUUCGUCAAGGUGCUAGCGGGUGAAACUGGCCCUCCAGGGCCCGCUGGGCCUGCAGGAGAGGGCACCGAUGGCAAACAGGGUGUGCCAGGUCGUGAUGGUCUAAGGGGAGAGAAGGGCGACCAGGGUGAGCAGGGAGACCAAGGAUUAGCCGGAACCCAUGGAACCCAAGGCCUGCCUGGAGAGCCUGGUCGGGAUGGACUAACUGGACUGAAGGGAGAGAAGGGAGAUGCGUGUGAGAGCUGUGCGCCUGUCUCUGGGCGGCAGAUGGGUGUAGGAGGGGUGCAUGGAGCCAAGGGAGAGAGGGGCGACCCAGGACCCCCAGGAGAGGGGAAAGCAGGGAAACAUGGCAAGCCAGGUCUACCCGGUGUCCAAGGGCCUAUAGGACCAAAAGGAAGCCAGGGUGACCCAGGAGUUGAAGGGGUGGGCAUCCCAGGACCUCAGGGAGCAGAAGGACCCAGGGGCCUACCAGGGGUGUCAGGUCCUCAGGGAAUUAGAGGACUUACUGGACCAGUUGGGCCUGCUGGGGACAUGGGUCCUAAAGGAGAGGAGGGGCCUCCAGGGCCACAGGGGCCCAUGGGUGUAGGUGUUACAGGACCCCCGGGUAAAGACGGCAAAGGUGGAUCCAAUGGAAUCCCAGGAGCUGAUGGAAGAGAUGGAACUGACGGAGCCAAGGGGGACAAGGGUGAACCUGGAGACUGUAACUGUAUCAGCCCUCCAUACGCAGGAACAGGUGGACCGGGAGCACCAGGAACUCUGGGAGGAAACACGUGGCAGGGGCCUCCGGGACUACCAGGUCCUCCUGGUCCUCCUGGGCCACAGGGCUUCAUCGGCAUCACAGGACCCCAGCAUCUGAGGCUGCCUCAGGAUGAGGACCCCAGUCGAGGAGAUGGAGAGAAGGUGUGUGAGGACUGCUCCAAGGGCUUGCCAGGGGUACCAGGCAUGGCGGGCACCAAGGGAGAGAAAGGAGAUGAGGGAAAGACUGGCAUAGGCCAUGCUUCCGACGGCUGUGAGAGGUGUUUCCUAAACCAAAGGCUGCAGAGGGAGGAGGCUGCACAGGCGCCUACCACCACCAACACUGAUGGAGCUAAUGGAGGCUGCUCCGGACCAGGAACACCAGGUCACCCAGGAACACCAGGAUCACCUGGAAUAAGGGGAGAGACGGGUCCUCAGGGGCAAAGGGGACAGGCUGGAGUACCAGGAAAUAUGGGUCCUCCUGGUUUUCCUGGUCCUCAAGGCUCAUCUGGACUUACUGGUCAGCAGGGUGAGAGAGGAACAGCAGGACCACCAGGUGUGAAGGGUGAAACGGGCCCUCCAGGGACUAAUGGAUACCCAGGUUCUAUGGGACCACCUGGGCUUCCUGGCCUGAAGGGCGAGAGAGGGACACCAGGCGGUGCGGGAACGAUGGGAGAAUCGGGUCCACCAGGCAACCCAGGAUACCAGGGAAAGGCUGGAGUAGCGGGACCCAAAGGAGAGGCUGGACUGGCAGGUUCCGAUGGACCGAAGGGAAAUCAGGGCUCCCAAGGGCAACCAGGAUUCCCAGGUACACCGGGCCCCCCUGGUCCCCCUGGGAAACAAGGAAGAGAAGGACCACCUGGACCCAAGGCUGACAAGGGUAAUGAUGGAGCACAAGGUCCGCAGGGCUCGUCUGGACCUCCAGGUUCUUCUGGGUCUCCUGGCUUGCAGGGACCUCCUGGAUUUGAGGGAUUGGACGGUAAAGAUGGGAAACCAGGAAUGAGGGGUGAGCCAGGGAUUCCAGGGACAGUAGGACCCAGAGGAAUCCCGGGUUUCAAAGGGAAGCAUGGACAUGUUGGCUUCCCUGGACAGAAGGGUGAUGCUGGACCUGUAGGCCCACCGGGGACAGCUGGUAGACCAGGACUUGAAGGUGACGCCGGAGCCCCAGGGCCUCAGGGUCGACCCGGUCCCACAGGACAGCUUGGUUCUGCAGGAGCAGCGGGGCCCCCAGGACCGGCAGGCCCAGCAGGAGUGGGUAUAAAGGGGGAGAAAGGCCAGGCUGCAGACAGAGGGCUACCAGGGAUGGUUGGCCCUGCUGGACCCCCCGGUCAUCCAGGAAUGAUGGGAGAACCAGGCAGUGAUGGAGCUGCGGGUAAAGACGGAUCACCUGGUCUGCCAGGAGACAAUGGACAAUGUGGUCAAAAGGGUGAAGCAGGUACCCCAGGUCAGAGAGGCUCCCCAGGGGAGCGAGGUCGCCCGGGACCCCCUGGCGGAGGUGGGUACUCCUCCAAGGCUGAUGGCCCAAUGAUGGGCCAAGUGGGACCCAGAGGAGAGAGGGGCACCGCAGGCUCACCAGGCACUGCAGGGUCCCCCGGACCUCCAGGAAUACCAGGCAACGAUCCUGUGGUCAACUAUGACAACAUCAAGGACUUCAUUCGCCAGCAGGUCAUCAAGAUCUUUGAUGAGAGGAUGGCCUACUUCAUGUCUCGUAUGCCGCAGCCGCAAGAGGUGUCAUCUCCCGGUCGUCCUGGACCCCCAGGGAAGGAUGGUAACCCAGGCAGAGAUGGGAAUCCAGGAGCCCCAGGUCAGCCAGGACAGAUAGGUAGAGAGGGCCGCCAUGGACCCUUGGGACCACAGGGUCCACGAGGUCUAAAGGGAGAGAAAGGUGACAAGGGUGUAGGGGAGAUGGGUGACAGUGGACCCCCAGGAGCACCAGGUGUUCCAGGCCCCCCAGGCUAUGGUAAGAUGGGCCCCAGCGGCCCCGUGGGUCAGCAGGGGGUCCCUGGAGUCUCAGGAACCCCUGGACAGCCGGGUCAGAAGGGCAGGGAGGGCCGGUGUAACCCCUCUGACUGUAUGAGCCAACCAAUAGAGUGGAACCCUAAGGGCCCUCCCAUCAAGGGCCCCUACUAGAGAGAAAGUAUUGAUGAGAAGAGGAGGAGAGAGAUUGAGAGAUAGAAGAAACAAACCCAAAGACCAGAAGGCACUAGAGAAAGGAGAGGAGGGGAGAAGAGAGAACAGAUCAAACAGAAGACCAGAGCUACCGUCCGAUCAACAGAAAUCAUCCCAGGAGAACAAAUGAAUACUGAAGCACCAAUAGUUGGUGUGGAGGACCCAUCCCUAAUUCAUCAAAGGGGUUGCCAGGUAGCUGUCCUCCUCACCGCCUGUGUAGAAAAUAUAUAUGUGUAGGACCUUCCUCUAACUGAAGCCUUAGUACCGGCUGAAGUGGCUUCAAUAAAGGAGAUAUUUGGACGCUGUGCUCUCCUCUCUUUCAUAUAUUUUCCCAACUUUAGCUGCCAGCUCUUUGUAUAUGUUAGACAUGUUUAUUUUGACAACAGCAAGAACAUAUCCAGCCUUUGAAAAACGACCUGCAAAUUCUUCCUCAUCUUCACUAUCAUCCUCAUCUUCAUUCUGAUUAUAAAACGUGCCCAUUGGGAGUAUUAGGCAUCUACCUUGUGAUAUUCUGCUUCGAUCUAGCUUCUGUCUAGCCAUAGAAACAAAAUUAAUAGAACUGACAUGGCACUCCCAUUUCAAAUUCCCAUUCUAAUCGUUCUAUCUCUUUGUACAUUUUGUUUGAUUUCUAUGCUUGAAUAUACUCCCUCAUCACUUGAAUGAUGGCUGAUGCUUUAACAGAUCUGUACGCUAUAUCCUCAAAUCAUGGCCUUAUGAGAAGUUCUCACCUUCUCUUCCCUGUUUGCGUGAGAAGAACAUAAUGUACACCUCCCAAGAGUGCCUGUUUUGUACAUAUUUCUAUUUAUAUGUAAUAGCUUUUUAUACAUUUUGGAUUUGGCGUCAACAUUGCUAACCAUGUUUUCGCUAUGGUCAACUGUCAGGAAUCCUCUACGAGUAUGGUUUUUAUAAGCUUUCAAAGUGGAGUUGUUUGUUCAUUUAAAAAAAAAAUGGAGAGAAAUUAGCUUUUUAUGUGAAAGUAAAUUGGAUUUCUAUAUGGUGGUAAAUUAUGCUUUGGAAGAUAUUUUCAUGCUUGCCUUUGUAUAAAGUACAUGACAUAAUUUUCAAAACUUCCUCAAAACUGGCAAAAAAAUUACAUUUCUAGUUAUGUAGCAAUUUAUCAACAAGUCUCUUUCAUCAUCAAGCUUAUUUUUGACAACAGAGCAACUGUAAAGGGAUAUUUUUUUCUCGUCCAGCACACCACUGGUUACUGUAACUGAAAUAAAAGAUCAACUGUAAAGGGAUCAUUUGCUCGUCCAGCACACCACUGGUUACUGUAACUGAAAUAAAAGAUCAACUGUAAAGGGAUCAUUUGCUCGUCCAGCACACCACUGGUUACUGUAACUGAAAUAAAAGAUCAACUGUAAAGGGAUCAUUUGCUCGUCCAGCACACCACUGGUUACUGUAACUGAAAUAAAAGAUCAACUGUAAAGGGAUCAUUUGCUCGUCCAGCACACCACUGGUUACUGUAACUGAAAUAAAAGAUCAACUGUAAAGGGAUCAUUUGCUCGUCCAGCACACCACUGGUUACUGUAACUGAAAUAGGGUUGCAAAAUUCAGGUAACUUUCCAAAAGUUCCCAGGGUUUUCAGAAAUCCUUGUUUGGAAGAGGGAGGGCAUAAGCAGAACAUUCGGAAUCCUCCAACCAGGAUUUAUGGAAGACCUGGGGAUUUUGGGCAAGUUACCGUCAUUUUGCCAUGCUUAACGGAAAUAGAUGCUUUAUGACCACUAAGAGAAACAGGCUGAAUUUUCAUAGGAGAGGCUGUUUAGCAUCUUCACCCAAACCUUCGCUGGCAUCACUGUGCCAAUCAGCUUCUCCUCGUAUCCAUUACUGAGUACAACUUGUAUGUCUCCUGCCUUGUAUGUUGUGUUGUUUUGAAUGUUUGCAGUUUAACCUGUCAUCUAUACACUACAGGCCAGGGUGUCAGUAACCACUAGCUGUGUAAGGGAUUUGUCACCAUGUUUAGAUUCAUAUGGAUGUUCUGAGUUGUUAUUGGAAGGGCCAUGAGGUUUUCCUGAUGUUUUGACCUGUCCAUAGUAGUUCCUGGUCAGGAAAAUCUACUGACCCUAGUUAUGCUGAACAAAGCACCCCAAAAGUUAUCCUCUCUUCAUUCCUAGCUUUCAUAAACAUCUUGUUGAAACAACACCGCUGUUCCCCUGCUACUCUCACUAUAUCUGUUGUGUGUUUUAUGUUGGCAUCACUUUUUAUCAAGAGAUGUCUUUUUUAAUGAAAACUUUUCAGAAAAAGAUAAUAAAAUGUUUUA